AUGCACCGGGUCGAUUCCCGGCUGGCGUGGCGCUGUCCCUGGGGACUGAUUGCCGGUACAGUGGUGUUACGGAUCACAUACUGCAGUGGUGAAGUUAUAAGCCCCGGGCCGUCCGCUAUGACACUCACUAUUGCUGGCGCAAAUCGGUUUACCCAGCUUCGUAGCCACCUGAACUCUGCGUCCUUCGUCGUCGGAAUAACUCACUACCUGAUGUCUCGCCGGUGUCUCAAGCGGCUUCUUUGGUUGGCAACUCUGUCCAAGCUGGGCGGCCGAUGCAACUGGCAAAUGGCGCUCACGUUACCGCACCUCGGCGAGGAUGAGGGCGACCUGCGAGAAGUACUAGACACCGGGACGGUCCGUGCGCGCCCACCAAAAUUUUGCAGCACACGCCACAACACGGCCAAGCUGAAUGUCACAACAGGAAUCGCCGCACUCAGGAUCAUGCAAGCUCGGGACCUGCGCAAAGGCAAUGGAUGCCCGGAACCUGGGUAUGCGGGCGCGCAGGCAAUGGAUGCCCAGGACCUGGGCAUGCGGGCAGGCAGGCAAUGGAAGCCCAAGUCCCGGUCAGACAUUGCCUACGCGUAG